AUCAAGUAUGAUCACCGUGUGAGUGGGUUUGACCAGUUGACCAAGUCCAUUUAUUCUCUGCCUCCUGAUAUGGCUUCUGUUUUGUCCAUCGAUGAGGAUACAUUCACCAUGGAGGACUUGUGUAAACCUUCGCUACCAAUAGGUAAGGCAUCAUCCCAGUUUGAACUCUCGCAACAAGCCAAGAAGCGCAAAUUGCAAGAGAGGGAAAACAAGAGGUUUAUAAGAGAGCAGGCAAGAAAGCUGAAAAGAUCGAUCGAGAGCUUUGCAGAAGAGCAAGAGGAGAAUUCUGAGAAGAGAUUCAAACGCGAGAAUCUUGAUGGCGAAGAGCCUGCUGCCAACCUCGCUGUCCAGUUAAAGGUUAGAAAUGGUCAAAUUGCCCUCGAUGAGGAGUCUACUGUUGUUGACCGUCAUGCCAAUGCAGACGAUGUGUACCGUGAGAGACACGACGAGAAUCCCUUUGAGAAUAUGGUCAAUUCUGCAACAUACGGGCGUCAGAGGUACACCGAUAAGUGGACGAGUGACGAAGUUGCCCGUUUCUACAAGGCAUUGGGCCAAUGGGGCACAGACUUUGCGCUAAUCGCACAGAUGUUCCCACACAGAACGAGGAAGCAGGUCAAGGCUAAAUUCAUUCUAGAAGAGAAGAAACGUCCAAGGCUUAUAGAGCUGGCGCUGGCAAAUAAACUGGGCGUACAGUUCGAUUUUGACGCCUACUGUGCCGAUUCUAACAAGACGUUCUCCACGCUGAACGAGUUCAACGCCAAACUGGAGAAGCUGAAAGAGGAGCACGUUGAGAACCUAAAGGUGCUGAGCGCAGCAAGGGAGAAAGCCAAGGAAGAGGACUUGCAGAAGCAGAAGAAGAGAGAACACGAGAUCGUCACGGGACAGAGAACAAUGACCAGACAGGAGAAGCUCACCCAGUUGUCCAAGAAUGAAACCGUCAUCGGCUCCAUCGAUGAGGUCAAGAAACAGAGACAAGAGGAGACCAUACCUUCCUAACUCUAUACACGUAUAACAUCUAAAGCUAACGGCCAGCGUAGUUGCCUCCGUGAGUAAUGGACCAUGAGAUGUGAAACGCUGUCUCCCCCC